GACAAAAUGGCUCAAGUCUGCUCUUCCCUUUUACAAAAACCCUAGUACCUUCUAGCCGUCAGCAAUGGCCACCGCCGCUGCCAUCCCAACCACCACUGUCCAAUCGUUCGAAAAUGACAUGGCUACUGAAGGUGGCUCCUCAACUAAUGCCGUCCCUCUUCCCGCCGUGAUGAAAGCUCCGAUCCGACCUGACGUUGUCACUUACGUCCACGCUAACAUUUCCAAAAACGCCCGACAACCUUACGCCGUUUCGAAAAAGGCCGGUCACCAGACCUCGGCCGAGUCAUGGGGUACCGGUCGUGCCGUUUCUCGUAUCCCGCGUGUUCCUGGUGGUGGUACUCAUCGUGCUGGACAAGCUGCUUUUGGUAACAUGUGUCGUGGUGGUCGGAUGUUUGCUCCGACUAAAAUCUGGCGCCGUUGGCACCGGAAGAUCCCGGUUAACCAGAAGCGUUAUGCUGUUGCUUCUGCUAUUGCUGCAUCUGCAGUUCCCUCAUUGGUCCUUGCUCGUGGUCAUCGUAUUGAAUCAGUUCCCGAGCUCCCUCUUGUUGUUUCUGAUUCAGUUGAGAGUAUUGAGAAGACCUCUAAUGCAAUCAAGGCUUUGAAGCAAAUUGGUGCUUAUCCCGAUGCUGAGAAAGCCAAGGACAGUCACGCUAUUCGCCCGGGAAAAGGUAAAAUGCGUAACCGUAGGUACAUUUCUCGUAAAGGACCAUUGAUUGUGUAUGGAACUGAAGGGGCUAAGCUUGUAAAAGCUUUCCGUAAUCUCCCUGGAGUUGAAAUCUGUCAUGUGGAUCGAUUGAAUCUCUUGAAGCUUGCUCCUGGAGGUCAUUUGGGAAGGUUUAUCGUAUGGACUAAGUCGGCAUAUGAGAAAUUGGAUGAGAUUUAUGGUACAUUUGAUAGGCCAUCUCAGAAGAAGAGGGGAUAUGUAUUGCCUAGGCCGAAGAUGGCGAAUGCUGAUCUUGCUAGGAUUAUUAACUCUGAUGAGGUUCAGUCUGUUGUGCGGCCAAUCAAGAAGGACGUGAAGAGGGCAACAUUGAAGAAGAAUCCAUUGAAGAACCUGAAUGUGUUACUGAAGCUUAACCCUUAUGCGAAAACAGCGAGGAGGAUGUCCCUUUUGGCUGAGGCCCAAAGAGUCAAGGCUAAGAAGGAGAAACUUGACAAGAAGAGACAUCAAAUCACUAAGGAGGAAGCAUCAGCUAUCAGGUCAGCAAGCACAGGUUGGUACAAGACAAUGAUUUCAGAUUCAGACUAUACAGAGUUUGAAAACUUCACAAAGUGGCUUGGAGUUACACAGUAAAGGGAUUCUUCUUAUUUUCAACAAGAUUCUGGUCUUUUUACAUUUGUAACUUUUGGUUGUCCGAGACAAAAAAAAAUUGACAAGUGUGAUUGAUAUUGCACACGCUCAAGUUAAUCAUAGGUUACACUUGAAAGAUUUUAGUGCCCAUAAUUUGGUGUUGAGUUUUCUUUUUGGUUGGAGAAUUUUGCUGAGGCAUGGUAUUUAAAUAUUUAAUAGAAUAGCUUGUUAUUUAUGAUGAUUUAUGCAA